AUGGGCAGAAAGCGCCAAGGGGGCCUGCCGCCGGAGGGGCCGCUCAAGAAAGCCAGGGGGCCAGCUGCAGGCUCCGCCUCGGGUCCUCCGGCAGCUCCCGAGCAGGAGCAAGAAGGUGAUUUUCAACAGAAAAAAACAAAGACCAAGUCUUUGUCUGAAAAAAAGAAGAGAGCUUGUGAGAGGAAUGACUAUCACCCACCCUGCAGAAAUUCAAGGAAGAAGACAACAACGUCAAAAGUGAAAGCAGAGAAUAAUAUAGAUGUAGAAGAUAAAGAGGAAAAAUGCAGUGGUUUGCAGAGCAGCCUUCUACAGGAAGAGACCGUCACAAAAAGAGAAUCUGCCAUCAAAAAGAGAGAGGAUGAGGAGGAAGAGGAAAGUGAAGACGAGUGGGAAGAUGUUGAAGAACUUCGUGAGCCUGAGAUAGGGAUCCUGAAAGACAUUUCUCCAAUGCCAGCCCUGCCCAACAAAACGGUUGAGAUAGAGAUUGAGACACCAGAACAAGCAAAGAAAAGAGAGCGAAGAGAGAAGAAAAAAGCUGAGUUUGAGACCUAUCUCCGAAGAAUGAUGAAACGCUUCAACAAAGAAGUUCAUGAAGAUAUGCACAAGGUUCACUUACUGUGCUUGUUGGCAAAUGGUUUCUAUCGGAACAGAAUCUGCAGUCAGCCAGAUCUCCAAGCGAUCGGUCUUUCCAUAAUCCCAGCCCACUUCACGAAAGUGCCUACGGAUCGUGUAGACCGCUUGUAUCUGUCAAACCUUGUGAAAUGGUUUGUUGCAACCUUUACUGUCAACAGUGAGCUCUCCGAUAAUGAAGAAAGUUGGCAGUCCACCUUGGAGCGGCGGUUUGCUGUCUAUGCUGCGCGAGAUGAUGAAGAGUUGGUGCAUAUAUUCUUACUCAUUCUGCGGUCAUUGCAGCUGCUGUGCCGGCUUGUCUUGUCUUUACAACCCAUUCCUCUGAAAGAGCCAGCAGGGAAGGGAAAGCCCCCAACCAAGAAGCGUUCUGUCAAUUUAGUCUCUGAGGAAUCGGAUAGUUCUGCCAAAAAGCCUAGAGUUGCACCAAAAAAAUGCCCAGGACUAAAGAGCAAACAAAGAGCAGGCCAAGAGGAGAUUGCAUCAAAGAAUGUAGAAGUUGACAGGAAACCAAAUUCCCCUGAAGCCAAAAGGAAAACAAGUAAAUCUAGGGUACUGAGAGGUGCUCAGAAAGAAAAGGAAUCUGGUGAUGGUGAAAACAACUUGAAGGGACGGGAAGGGUUGGGGAAGCCCAAAAAUGACCGCCAACGAAGAGUGGCCUCAAAAGUGUCUUACAAAGAGGAGAGUGGAAGUGAUGAGGGCAGUGAUUCUGAAUUCCGUGCUUCAGAACAUGAUCGAGAUGAUAGUAGCGUCUCUGAUGAUGAUUUUGAAACUCCUAAUAGGAAGCAUAGGCCCUCACUGGGAACACCUAAAGCAAGAACAGCAGUUACCAAUAGACGAAAAUCUGCACCUCCAAUGUUGAAAGAACCCAAGAAUUCAGACAACGCUGAGCAUUUGUUGAGGAAAACGUCUCCCUCAAGUUCUUCAAACCCAAAGAAAGGCAAUAAAAUAAUUUCUAGUAGUGAUGAUGAAGAAGGAAUUCAAGAGCCAGUUAUUCGGAGAGGCAUGGAUCAGUGGGUGGAGGUUUUUGCUGAACGAGAAGGCAAGUGGGUGGAUGUGAACUGUGUUCAUGGCACAGUUGGUCAGCCUUCACUGUGCUUCAAGUAUGCUACCAAACCAGUGUACUACAUCAUGGGCUUUGACAAUGAUGGGUGUGUAAAGGACAUAACACAAAGAUAUGAUCCGGCAUGGAUGACUUCAACAAGGAAAAGCCGUGUGGAUGCCCAGUGGUGGAAUGACACUUUGGAACCAUACCGAAGCCCAUUUGUGGAAAGGGAGAAAAAAGAAGAAAAGGAGUUUCUAGCUCAGCUUCAAGACCAGCCCCUCCCAACAGCCAUUGGUGAAUACAAGAAUCACCCACUUUAUGCCUUAGAGAGGCAUCUCCUUAAAUAUGAAGCCAUCUAUCCUGAAUCAGCUGCUGUGCUUGGAUACUGCCGAGGGGAGGCUGUGUACUCCAGAGACUGUGUCCACGCACUGCACUCCAAGGACACAUGGCUGAAGCAAGCUCGAGUAGUGAGGCUUGGGGAAGUACCGUAUAAGAUGGUCAUAGGCUACUCCAACCAGGCAAGGAAGGCACGAAUGGUGGAACCUACAAACCGGGAGAAAAAGGACUUGGGACUCUUUGGUCUCUGGCAGACGGAAGAGUACCAGCCCCCUGUGGCAGUAGAUGGAAGGGUUCCUCGGAAUGAAUUUGGAAACGUGUAUCUCUUCCAGCCCAGCAUGUUACCAAUAGGCUGUGUGCAGUUAAAGCUUCCCAACCUUCACAGAGUGGCCCGUAAACUGGACAUUGACUGUGUUCCAGCUGUUACUGGAUUUGAUUUUCAUGGGGGCUACUCACACGCAGUUACUGAAGGCUACGUAAUCUGUGAAGAAUACAGAGAGGUGCUUGUUGCAGCCUGGGAGAAUGAAGAAGCAGAGAGGGAAAAGAAAGAAAAGGAGAAGCGGGAUAAAAGAGUGUUGGGGAACUGGAAACUGCUGGUGAAAGGAGUUCUGAUCCGAGAGAGACUGAAGAAACGCUACUCCACUAAGAAUGAGGCAGCAGACAGCAUGAUGGGAAGAGAGACUGGGUUCUCCUCUGAUGAAGAAGGACCAAGCUCAGAGACCCUAGCUGGGGACAUGGCUGUUGCUUGGCCCCAAAAUCGGCAAGUGGAGAAACAGAGUGGAGGAGAAAAAAGAAACAGAAAGAGUCAGAGGGAGAAGAAAGGAGAAGCAAAGCAUUUGUUCCCAUUUGAGAAGCUGUGACCAGGAGUUGACGUUGGGCCUUUGUUGAAACCCAUGGUGCCAAGGGAAAGCAAUAUGUGGUGUCUUUCAAACCAGCCUGUACUUUCAGGCUUGACAAAUUACAUGUUUAUAUUAGCUGCAAACUGGAGACUUGGACUUGUGUCAAUAUAUAAAUAGAGCAAUAUUUGCAUAUUAAAAUAUUUGAAAUACUUUAGGUGAUAAAUCAGGGAAUGAGUAAGAACUACUAUAAGUCUAGGCCACGAAAUGGACACUUUCGCCCACAAUGUAGUUCUAAAUAGGAAUGGUGUUGAAAAACUUUGGGUCACAUGUUUUAUUCUCACCUUUUAAGACCUUUUUAAGUCUUCUAGUUUUAUUUGUGGGGUUAUGAGGUGUAGGUGACAACAGCAAAAAAAAAAAAAAGUAUAGUUUUAUUAGAUGAGUCCAGUCUUUUAAGAGAAACCCUUGCAGACUUCCUUUAGCCAUUGAAUUUUCUUGUAAUUUCUCAUUUCCUAGCUUCCCUUUCAUGGUCAUUUGCUGCCCUUAUCUUUUGCUUUGGUUUGUU